CGGCGGCCGGAGAGGAGACAUCGGACCGGCACCGGGGGGAGGACCGCGAGCCUGGCAUGGGGGCAAGGUAACCUGGCAUUAACAUGAUAAACUGGCAUGGGGGCAUGGUAACCUGGCAUUAACAUGAUAAACUGGCAUGGGGGCAUGGUAACCUGGCAUUAACAUGAUAAACUGGCAUGGGGGCAAGGUAACCUGGCAUUAACAUGAUAAACUGGCAUGGGGGCAUGGUAACCUGGCAUUAACAUGAUAAACUGGCAUGGGGGCAUGGUAACCUGGCAUUAACAUGAUAAACUGGCAUGGGGGCAUGGUAACCUGGCAUUAACAUGAUAAACUGGCAUGGGGGCAUGGUAACCUGGCAUUAACAUGAUAAACUGGCAUGGGGGCAAGGUAACCUGGCAUUAACAUGAUAAACUGGCAUGGGGGCAUGGUAACCUGGCAUUAACAUGAUAAACUGGCAUGGGGGCAUGGUAACCUGGCAUUAACAUGAUAAACUGGCAUGGGGGCAUGGUAACCUGGCAUUAACAUGAUAAACUGGCAAGGUAACCUGGCAUUAACAUGAUAAACUGGCAUGGGGGCAAGGUAACCUGGCAUUAACAUGAUAAACUGGCAUGGGGGCAUGGUAACCUGGCAUUAACAUGAUAAACUGGCAUGGGGGCAUGGUAACCUGGCAUUAACAUGAUAAACUGGCAUGGGGGCAUGGUAACCUGGCAUUAACAUGAUAAACUGGCAUGGGGGCAUGGUAACCUGGCAUUAACAUGAUAAACUGGCAUGGGGGCAAGGUAACCUGGCAUUAACAUGAUAAACUGGCAUGGGGGCAUGGUAACCUGGCAUUAACAUGAUAAACUGGCAUGGGGGCAUGGUAACCUGGCAUUAACAUGAUAAACUGGCAUGGGGGCAUGGUAACCUGGCAUUAACAUGAUAAACUGGCAUGGGGGCAUGGUAACCUGGCAUUAACAUGAUAAACUGGCAUGGGGGCAAGGUAACCUGGCAUUAACAUUAUAAGCUGGCAUGGGGGCAAGGUAACCUGGCAUUAACAUGAUAAACUGGCAUGUGGGCAAGGUAACCUGGCAUUAACAUGAUAAACUGGCAUGGGGGCAUGGUAACCUGGCAUUAACAUAACCUGGCAUAGAGAGAGGGGAGACUGGGUAACCUGGCACACACACAUAACCUGGCAUGGAGAGGGUAACCUAACAGACUGGCAUGGAGAGAGGGUAACCUGGCACAGAGACUGGGCAACCUGGUAUUAACAUUAUAACCUGGGUAAGCUGGCAUAGAGAGAGGGGAGACUGGGUAACCUGGCACACACACAUUAUAACCUGGCAUGGAGAGGGUAACCUGACAGACUGGAAUGGAGAGAAGGUAACCUGGCACAGAGACUGGGCAACCUGGUAUUAACAUUAUAACCUGGCAUGGAGACUGGGUAACCUGGCAUUAACAUAACCUGGCAUGGAGAGAGGGUAACCUGGCAUAGAGACUGGCAUGGAGACAAGGUAAUCUGGCAUGGAUAUUGGCAUAGACUGGGGAGACUGGCAUUAACAUUCAUUGAGAGAGGGUAACCUGGCAUAGAGACUGGCAUUAACAUUCUAACCUGGCAUAGACUGGCAGACAGGUUAACCUGGCAUUAACGUAACCUGGCAUAGAGACAGGGUAACCUGGCAUAGAGUGGGUAACCUGGCAUAGGCACUGGCAUUAACAUUAUAACCUGGCAUGGAGACAGGGUAACCUGGCAUGGAGACAAGGUAACAUGGCAUGGAUAUUGGCAUAGAGACUGGCAUUGAGAGGGUAACCUGGCAUAGAGACUGGCAUUAACAUUAUAACCUGGCAUGGAGACAGGGUAACCUGGCACACACAUUAUAACUUGGCAUGGAGAGAGGUGGGACUGGCAUUAACAUUAUAACCUGGCUUGGAGGUAACCUGGCAGACUGGCAUGGAGAGAAGGUAACCUGGCAUAGAGACUGGGGAGACUGGCAUUAACAUCAUAACCUGGCAUGGCGACAAGGUAACCUGGCACACACACAUUAUAACCUGGCAUAGAGACACCUGGCAUUAACAUUAUAACCUGGGUAAGCUGGCAUAGAGAGAGGGGAGACUGGGUAACCUGGCACGGAGACUGGCAUUAACAUUGUAGCCUGGUAAAACCUGGCAUUAACAUUGUAACCUGGCACUCACUGGGUAACCUGGCGUUAACAUUGUAUCUUGGUAAAACCUGGCACACAUUCUAACCUGGCACCCUCGCUGGGUAACCUGGCAUUAACAUUGUAUCCUGGUAAAACCUGGCACACAUUCUAACCUGGCACCCUCGCUGGGUAACCUGGCGUUAACAUUGUAUCUUGGUAAAACCUGGCACACAUUCUAACCUGGCACCCUGGCUGGGUAACCUGGCAUUAACAUUGUAUCUUGGUAAACCCUGGCACACUAACUGGGUAACCUGGCAUUAGACUGGUACCCUCACUGAGUAUCCUGGCACACUCACUAGGUAACUUGGCAUAACCUGGAACUCUCGCAGAGUAACCUGGCACAUUGAUAUGGUAACAUGUAACUGUAGGGCACACUGACUGGCAUUGUAUCGUGACAUAAUGACUUGCAUGCGAUCCUGGCACACUUGCACGGUGUGAUAUACUGAUUGGCACGCUACUCUGGCACUAUGACUGGAAUGGAGCAAAUGGGCUACUGACAGGUGUAGGCAUGCUGGGAGGAGCCGCAUAGCUGUCAAAUGGUCUGUGUUUACAGCCUCAGAGACCUACAUGUCCCUUCACACUGUGAUACACACUGCACAGAAACACAUCCAUGGGAACACCGUGACAGCUAUACAAUACUAGGGACUGCUUUAUUAAUCCCAGGCCAGUUGGGAACUACUUAACCUUAUAUAAUUAUGAUAUUCGCAGUCACGCAGCGUACUGUUCCUUAAGACAAUUGUCACCUGAAAUUUUUUAUAUUCUAAACACUUUUUUUGUUUUGUUUUUUGUUUUUUAAUAUGCACAUUUACUUAAGGACAUGCAAUACUCCAGUGCAGUUUGCAGAUAUCUAAUGGUAUAUUUUUUAUAAUUUAAAAGCUGUAUGUAAAAACAGAUGUAGGUUCAGAAAGCUCCUAGUAUUGUUACUUGUCAUUUAAAAGUGGCCCUGUUGGCUCUAAUAAGGCAGACCAAUAAUUUAAUAGAUUAGCAUGUAACUCUUUUUUUUAUUCUCUAUAUAGAACGGAAUAGGACCAGUCAUUAACCUUCGUUACCUGUUAAAGGAAUCAGUGACCUUCCCUCUAUUCACAGCUGGCCACUUUCUUGACUUUUUGGGUCUGUAUCUUGUUACUAUGUACAGUAUUCCUAAACUGCCUUCAACAAGGGCAAUCGGCUUCAAGACAGUGUUGUUGUUGUUGUUGUUGUUGUUACCAUCAUUUAAAUAACAGAUUCCGUAGCGCUUUACAAUAUUAUUAUAAGAGCAGGGAUUUAACUAUAAUAGGACAAUUACAGGAAUGAUAGGUUGUAGAGGGCCCUGCUCAAACGAGCUUACAGUCUAUUGUAGUGUCGGUGGUGAAUUAAUAUUUAUAUACUAAAUAGUGCAAAAAAACAAAACACUGUCUUUUAGAACCAGUGCCAAAUCAAUCUCCUCGGAGCAUGCGGUUGGCCUCCGUAAUUAUAAUAAUUUACUGCUUAGAGAGGCACUGGGGGCGUUGCGCGGAAAAGAAAAGCCUUGAAUCCAAUCGUGUCUCGGAUACAAAACUAUAUCCAAGAUACUAUAGUGCUGGUGUGGCUGUUUGGGCUAGUGGCCGGCUACAAUAGAAGACAGUUUUCAUUUUCUCUUUUUUUUUUUUUUUUUCACUGCCAUGCUGCAUCGCUGUGGGUGGCCCCACCUCCAAGGAUGAGAUCAUCAAUCUGGAUGAUCUCAGCCAAUCCGAAGCGCUCCCAUAGGAAAGAAAUGGGAGGCUAUUGUGGGGAACAUUCAGCGCCUCCAUGCAGAGGGUGGAGACACUGAACGUCGCAGAAAUGACCCAGUAAGCAUCUCUAGUGGCUGUCUUUUUCUCUAAAAAGGCAGCGUUUACAUUGAAAAGUCUGCAAGGACAUGCUAUAGGCACCACAACCACUACAAUAAACUGUCCCUUUGACGUUCUAAUGUCCUUAACCGUGAAAACCUUAUUUAGUUUCGGAGGGUUUUUAGGUCCGUCCAUCAGCCAAUAAAAAUGUGGUUUUGGCCAAAUGUAAAUUCCUGUUUCUCAGAAAUUACAAUAUUUUACAUGGUCUGGAAAAAAAAAAAGAAAAUGGACCGGGAAAAUUGUGGGGUUUUUUUGUUGUUGGUUUUUCUCUCUUUCUCUUUCUUUCCUGGUAUAUUGUCUCACUUUCCUCAAGCGAUACUACAGAUUGCUUCUGGUUACGUAGUCUCGAUUACAGACCACAGGUACCAGCACCUCGUGGCCCGCUUUUUGGUGCUUUGGAAUUUACAUGUUCUUUCAUCUUAUUGCAGUAUCAGAGUUCUUCCAGGGGUAAGUAGUAACUCAGUAUAUUUUAUGUUGGAGAGAGGGGUGGCAGCUGACGUUGAUUAGUGAGUGUUUCGGACUGCUGGUUUAUAGAUUUAGUUUAGGUUCAUUUUAAGUGUGUGGAUGCAGUUAUCUCACACGAUGUUUAGAAUGUUCUCACUUCACUGCCUAGAUCAGAUUUAUCUCUUUACUCCCAUCAACCUUAGCUAGAAUCUCACUGAGCGUGAUGGGAGUUAUAAUCCAGCUUAUAGCAUUCAAUUUGAGGGGACGUGAAUUCCCAUGAAUGUGGCUUUUGGUUAGGAAUUUUUUUUUAUUUUAUUUUUUUUUUUAACUUCUGCAUUUAGUAUAGUGCUAAACCUCCAGAACCAAGUAGGUUUUUUUUUUGUUGUUUUUUUUUCGGUAGCUAGAUAGUUAAAGGGACACUAUAGUCACCAAAACAACUUUAGCUUAAAGCAGCACUGUCAUGCCGAACUUACCUUUCUUUAAUCGAUUCCUCUUCUCUCCCUCUGUCAAGAUCUGUUCGUCAUUUCUUCCUGUCUGCUCUAGUUUUCUUUAAAACUUAAGAAAAAGUAGGGACUAUUUCUCUUAUGGAGGUUUCCUACACUAUGACCAGCGGAGGAGCAAAGUGUGAGAAAUUUUCCCACAAUUCUUACCUUUCCUCCAUAUUCCCAAAUGCCGGCAAAACUACCGAAUUGCGUCCUAAGAGAAUGAGAGCAGUUUGUCCAGUCAUGUUAAGACGAAAUUUGGUACUUUGUUCGGUUCAAAAUUUUAUUAGAAUGAAUGACAUUCCAAUCCGAUUGCAGCCGCUUAGUAGAUGGCUCCCUAAUUCCCACGGUAUUUGGGAGCUAUCCACCAAAAGGCUGAAAGACCAAGAUUUGGUCUUUGAGCCAACUUUACUAAUACCAAGUAAAAAUUACUUGGUAUUGGUAAUUAAUCUGCCCCUACUCACUAUAUUGAGAGAAGGGGCAUGUCUAGUAAAUAGUGAGCAGUAAAUAAACCCCCCCCCUUUAAAAAAUGGUGGGCCAUCUCUUAACUAGCCUGGGGGGACAGCAUCGCCCCCCAACUGUGCCCUGCGAGUGGGGGUGCUAUUCAAGUAAAUGGGGGAUAUAGGGUGGGGGCCGAGUGACUAGGGGUCCCUAAGCCCCUUGUAACCCCUUCCAAAAAAAAGGAAUAAAGAUCUACCCCCUCACCCUAAAAAUAGUGAGGGAACGAAAAAACUUAAUUUCUGUGUUUAAAAACCAAAAAAAACAACAAAAAAUUGCCAUUUGAUGUCUUUGAUAAUACCUAUCAAAUAAAAAAAUACAAAAAUAAUCCAUCUUCACCAAACUAGGUCACUGCGCUCCGCGGGGAAAGGCUUAAAAAGUCUUCCCACACCUUGCAAUUGGGCUCAGAGCGCUCUAAUUGGUUGGUUUGAUAAGCAAGUCUACAUUUACCUGUCACAGCACUCUGCUUGAUUGGCUUGAAAUCCAACCAACCAGAGUGCUCUGUGUCUUUGGAAUUUUCCCAUGCUAUGUAGUUUGACUCAUAACACUGAUUGGUUACUUUCAACCAAUCAGAGUUAUGAGUCAAAUUACACAGAAUGGGAAAAUUCCAAAGAACUUUCCCACGCUGUGUAACAUGACACAGAGCACUCUGGUUGGUUUAGGAACGCUGUGUAAGUCACAUGCAGGGAGGUAUGACUAGGGAUGUAUAAACAAAACGAUUUAACUCUUUAAAUGGCAGAAAAUUGAGCUGUGCGACUGUAGGGGCAUGAUUUAAUUACCAAAACUGCUUCAUUAAGCUAAAGAUGUUUUGGUGACUAUAGUGUCCCUUUAAAACUAUGAAUAGUGUAUGAAUUGAACACACCAUAUUCUCAUUACCAAGCUUCUUUCUCUGCCUCCAUGCAACUUUUCAAAUUAACACUCAAUGUAGCAUGACCUCUUCGGGUCACUGUACUGGCUAUGGUGCCAGGACUAUGCUUGCCUCCUCGCAACGUAAGUAGUCACACUAUUGAAGAGUUUGACAAUUUACCUAGGCGUACACAUCCCCUGCUGCCGGAAGCUCCUGUUGAAGUUGUGCCUGUAAGUGUCCCUUUAAAUGGCUCUUGUUCCUUAUGUAUGUGUUUACGCUGUCAGUCACUCUAUGGAUGGACUUUUUUAUAAUGCUAUAUGAGCUAUUUUAUAGUGGCUACUUUACAUGUACUUUAAAAGUAACUUGGCAGGAGAGAUGGCUAUACUGGGGUUUUAAUACUAUUAGAUACUGUCGUCUCAGACGCUAUUUCACAACCCUGUAAAUGAAGUUAAGUGAAAAAAGCUUAGCAUGCCCCAUGUUACUGUUGCAAUGUGUUAUGGGAGACCGUGUGUAUGUCUGGACUAGACGUCGUACCAGGUAAUUCUGUUUCUUCUACAGGCCCACCCUGUCUGUACACAGACCGUCAGAUUGUGACGUGCAGGAAAUCUGCCUACUAGAGUAGACGUAGCUUCUGUUAAUUGGACAAUAAUUAUAAUGCUUUAUGCCAUUCUCCCUUCAAGGAUGCAUAUUUUUGCUGCCAAGCGUAGAUGCUAUAGUUAAAGGUUUACAUAUGCUAGCUACUUCAAUGAGAUGAAGCAGUUAUGGUGCUUGGUGUCCCUUUAAGUUGUCUUGCUUAAUUCACAUGCUGAGCGUAGGCAGUGUGGUUUUUGUUUUUAAACACUGCAGGUAAAAUGUAGACUGGAAUCUGACGUCCAUUUCCAGCAGUAUAUGGAUUGCUGGGGAAAGUUGGCUGCAUUCACAGGAACCGAAAGGAACAGCUGUGCCAUCCACUGAGUUUGCCUGAAUUUAUUCCAAUGAAAUAAAGUGCAUUCACACUGUCUUACACAUGGCAGUGCAUAAAAUGCUAAGGAAAAGUGACUGCAGGGAAGAAUUAUUUUUAUAAACCUCUGUGGCUGGCUGAGCAUUGAAGGAUUCACAGCUGGCUAUAAUUUGGAUAUCCUGGUGCAUUCUCUAGUUAAUCUGCACUUACAGCCCUGAACUCUGUCACAGAUGUUUCCGCCUCCUGUUCUCGUAGACUUAUUGGGAAGGUGAGGAAGGAAUGUUGUUGUGGUAUAUCUGCCAGAUAUCACUGGCCUGGCUCCAGGGAGAUUUUCUUAAGACUUUGGAGAAAAUGUUUCUCCUCUGUUUACAGUGUAAUACUGGAGGGGGGGCAGUGAGCGCAUGCAUACGGGGGAGGGGGGCAGUGAGCAUGCACAGGGGGCAGUGGCAUGCACACGGGGAGGGCAGUGGCGCAUGCACGGAGGGCAGUGGCGCAUGCACAUGCACGGAGGGCAGUGGCGCAUGCACCCGGGAGGAGGGAGGGAGCGCAUGCAUACUGGAGGGAGGAGAGGGGGACAAUGAGUAGAUGUUUCAUUGCUGUUAACCGUGGCAGGAAACAUCAGAUGUCUCCAACUCCCAUUACCUUCAGCCAGUUCAUUGGUAGCAAAUCAUAAACUCUAAAGAUAUUUAUGUUUCUGUCCAACUAGCAAAGAGGUUUGAAGCAGAACUGUUGCACAACCCAAUAGAUAACUAAAAGCUAUCCAAGUCUGUUUAUUUUACUGUUGUUUGGCUGUCCAGACAUACCAUGUUAAUGAAUUUAACAUUAGGUAGAAAUAGAAAUUUGGGACAUGUGCCUAGAGAUAAACCGCUUAAUUCCAUAAACUUUCACAUAUUAAGCAUUUUAUCCCAUAUCAUUUCCUGACCCCCUCACAGCCCCUUACAGCUGCAGAUUGACAUUGUGCUGUAUAGAUUAUUAGUGAUCUUUGCAUUAUGGAUCAAUCUCAUGACACCCAAAGAGAGCUUUUUACUGGAUUGUAACACUGGACUAAACCUGCCAACCGCCAUGUUACUGCUUCUACACAAUGUUAGCUUCAUUAUAGAACAGAUUGGCAAGGAAUCGUUAACCCUUUAAAUGCGCGCUAAUGGCAGAGCAGAAUCUCUCCUCCACAAAGAACUCUUAUCCUCCCGUCUCCCAAUCUAUAAAACGGUGUCUCUCGGCUUACCGUACCUGUUUGUUUUUAUUACAGUGUCUAAACACAUUAACCUGGCAGGUGAGAGAGUCCAAGCUAUUUGUAUCUGCUCUGUGUGUUUCUAUGGCACUGCUGACUGACAUGCCUAGAGCAAUCUCUGGACAGGUAACAGGUGUGCUGUUCUCACCUAUGUCAGAGGUGUAAAGCAGUUUAUGAGAGAGGUGUUUGUGUUAACCUGUUGUGCCUUAACUGGGCCUCCAAUAGACAACUUGUAAUUAUUACUCCUCCCACUCUGAUAAUCUAGGUGGAUCCAGUAUUGGAUCUGAUAAUCUGCCUGACCCCAGAAUGCUUUUGCAUGUGUUUCAGAGCAAAUUAGAAAUUGUCAUGUGACAUAUCUGCCCCUGCGUGCUUUCAUUUGGUAAUAAUAUAUUAUCGCUUGCGUUACAGCGUGCACUACAAUAAGACAGACUUAACAUGGUUUGCAGAUUAAAGACCCGAUCUAACAUGUUAAAUAUGGCAGUUUUUGCCUUAUCUGGACCAGGCUUUGUCCAAUCAUGUAUUACAUCCUUGGCACCGUAUCGUGCUGGAGAAUGUGAUUGGUGAAAUAUGAUCAAAGCGAUUGGAUAUCACUUUAGAAGUACCGCUCAUUUAUUCAGUGUUUAGAAGUCGAAGGAUUAAUAUUGCUGACCCACGAGUAUAUUGACCUCCUGCGUUUUAAUCUUUGCUACAUAACUGUCUAUUCCUGCUUUAAUUAUUUUAAAUGAGAUUAUAAGCAACAGCAAGUCUGGGCAAGCAGAUGUAAGCCUUAUUUUUAAGCCUGGGAAUUGGCUUCAGCUAUGAAAUAUUUGCUUCUCUUUACAAAUGUGAUUGUAAAAUGUUUACUGUAACAACACUGUGCUAGUGGACGAACUCACUACAUAAAUUGUAGCUAUCUUGCCUUUGGGUUUGCUCCAUUGGGCCCUGUUUAAACGUGGUGGCAGUAGCUUAACCUCACUGGCUGUAAUCACCGCUCCCAUCCCUGAAGACCUCAUUCAGAGCUAAAAAUUUACUGAUCCUGUUGUGAUUUCACCCAAUACCCACAGCAGAGCACUGACUGAUGUAGUUACUAACCUAAACCCCAGUGCAUCUCGAUACUCUAUACCCUUGUUUCUCAACCAGUGGGACGCGUACCCCAAGGCAGUGCUUGACAAAUCGCAGGUCACCAAAGCGACUAUAGAUUUUGUCCUGGUGCCUGGGUUUUGUCAGUCUGUUCCCUCUGAGGCGGAUGUCCGGCUUGGGUAGAGUGGAGGUGGCAAGGGAGCAGUAAUCUCCCUUUCUCUGCUCCAUCGCACACCCUGCAGAGAUGCUGGGAUAUGCUGUCACUCCGGCCCCGACAUCCCUAAACUACACGUAGAGCUUUAAGAUGACUGGAGGCCCAACUGAACCUCAGGGACAGGAUCCCCACUGGACCCCAAGGGAAACUAUCCACUCCAGCUCUCCAAAAGCCUCUCUUCUGUGGAACGUUCAGUGCUUCCAUUCAGCGUGUGUAGACCGUGAACGUAGGUGCUGAUCAGGAAGCACCUCUAGUGGUCGUCUAAGUGACCAUCACUGGAGGUGUCGCUAGCCUGCAUUGUGUGGUUUUUUUUAUUUAUUUUUAUUUCUUAAUUUUUUUUAUUUUUUUAUUUUUUUACAUUAAAAUGCCUGCAGGGACUUGCUAUAUUCAUCAGAACAGCUACAUUGGUUCUGGUGACUACAAUGUCCAUUUUAAGAAUUGUAAUAUUGUCUUUUAAAACUAAGCUUUUUAAAAAAAAAAAAAAACUGGCUUCUAGAUUCCAAGCAAAUUUGUCAAGCCCCACCCAAGGCGUACCAAAGGUAGGGGAUACGCCAAAGGCUGGGAGGCUGAAGUGGUGAUGGAGCUGAAAUCUUCAUGAUCUUCCAGCAUCAUGGAAGCCAUGCCUGCCUGUGUCAUCACACUGACUCCACAGAUGAUGUGGUAUGCUUUGGAUCAUGAGCGGUUUCAAGCUUCCUUUUUAUUUUAUUUUUUUUUUAUUUUUUUUUAGUACAGGCUGAUCCAAGUUUCUACUGUCUAAAGAAUGCUGAUCCAGAUCUGGGCUAGCUUUUUUUUAAUUGUUUUUGGGAAAGUCCAAUCUGCCCUCUCUAUUCUUGAUGCUUAUGAAUGGUUGGUUUGCAUCUUGUGGUGAAACCUCUGUAUUUGCUCUCGUUAAAUAGACAUGGACAAUGACAUGCCUACUUCCUGGAGAGUGUUGUUCAUUUGGCUGGAUAUUGUGGAGGGCUUUUUCUUAACCGUGGAAAUGAUUCUACGAUGUUGUCUUUUGUUGACGUCUGGGCCUUUCUGUGUUGCAGAACUCACCAGCGUGGCUCUUUAUAUUUUUUUUGGUAUUCCCUUAGGGCAGCAUGGGAUUCCGCAUAAUUUCCCCACAUCCAAGAUGGCUGCCGUUACUGCUAUUCUCGGAAGGUUGGAAACAGCAGAGAUCUUGCGAUCUAAUAGGAGAUCGCGGGAGCAAGAUCUUAAAUCCGCCCUGCCGUCAGCCAUUUUCUAUCACUCGUGAUAGAGUGGAACUGAUGGUUGAAGCUGCUGUUGGGUAGGGACAUGCACAUUAAGGAAACGAAAAUUCUGGUCCGAAACCAAAAAAUCAGGAUGCCCUUUGAUGAAAAUUUUUUUUCCUAUAAUUUUAUUAAUAUUACACUUUUUAAUGUAUUUAUUCUAAUAGGAAAAACUUCCCUUCUUUUAGUGGUCCCCCUCCUUAAUGCUCCUUUUCCCUACUGCUUUAUUAGUGUUCUUGCUCCCCCCAUCCCAUAGUGUUCUUUACUCCCUUUCCAUGUCCCAAGUGCAGUAUUCUUGAAUUUUCAUGUUAUCAUUAUUAUCUUUCAUUGUGAUAUAUAAUCAUCUGAAUUGUUAAUGCAAGCAUGUCUGUUAAACUAUGCACUACAAAAUGUUGUUUUGUUUUUUUUUUUUAGGCAAAUUUGACCCGUUUUUGGCUGGAACAGGUUAGGCCCAUUUUCGGCAGCGACAAUUUCGGUGCAUCCAUAACUAAGUCACUGUGAGGGACAUUAAAAGGCUCUUUUAGGGGCAUUGAAAUUCUCUGUAAGGUACAUUAAAAGGAUCUGUCAGGGGCAUUGAAAGACUCCUGUGAGAGGCAAAACACUGUUAAUUGUAUUUUUCAAAGUGUUCAAAUCUUUUUGCUCGAAGUCUAACUCAAAAAUCCUGUUUAAGUUCUUUCUAAGACCAGUGGCUGACCGAUCAGCAUACUUUCCAGUCCAGUUGUGACAUCAACUGAGGAAGCCCCUACUGGGGCGAAACGCGUAUCGGAUCAACUUAUUCAUCAUCAAGGUAUCAUAUUGGACUGUCCAUUUUGAUAACUCUGGACUUUUUAUACUGGACUUAAACUUUAUCUCCCUAUACUUUUUUUUUUUUUAAUUUUUUUUUUUUUAACUUUUUUUUUUUUUUUUUUUUUUUUUAAUGCACAUACUUAAAUGUCUUUAUUGACCAAAUAAAGAAUUAUAGUAUUUCUAUACCGAAGAAGGUUCUUCUGAUUUUUAUUUAGUGAGUUAGUUUUUUUUUUUUUUUUUAACCACUAUCAACCUACGUGAAGGACUGGGGACAUCCUUAGAGUCUCUCAAUGCUACUCAUGAGAUCACGAGAGCCAUAUGAAUCUAUUUGGCUCCAUGUUUGAGUAUCUAAGAUCCAUAGAGAUUUACUUCAUUUAUUUUUGCAAUAUUACCCUAUGUUCUACUUUCUUUUGCAGAAACAAGAUGUGUUCCACCUAUUUGUAUGUAUAUGUUUUGUAUUAUUUAGAGUAGUAUAAGGGGUUCCCAAUCAGGUGGUGUGUAUAGCAGUUAAUGCUUACACACUCUCCUGCAUAUCGUGUACUGUAUUCUUCAUUCUGUAGGGUGGGGGGUGUUUUUGUUUUUGUUUUUUGUUUUUUUUUUUGUUUUUUGUUUUUUAAACUCCAUCAAUUUGGAAAGCUGGUUAAAGCAGGGAACUGCAGGAAUUACUGCUUCUACCUGUUCGGCCCUUAUAGAAACUGAGAAAGGAGAUGCAACUAAAAAUCCAGAAAACAUGCCUGAAAUUGUUUGUAUCUACUGUUCCUCAACCAGCGGAGAUAAGGGACAAGUCAAAGAAAAGCGCACAAUGCUGGCCAAUUUUCUCAAACAAAGAGAAGAAAAUGAUAGCUACUUGUCAUUUGGAUUCACAAGUGCCAGAAAUGAAGAUUGUCCUGAAGCACAAUGCGUACUUUGCAAUAAAACGUUUCCAAACCGUUCAUUAGCACCUGCUAAAUCACGUCGUCAUUUUGAGCAAAACCCAUGCAGAGUACAAAGAUAAAGACAUUGCCUUUUUUUUUUUUUUUUUUUUUCACGAAGGCCAAAGGAGUAUCAAGAGUAAACAAUUUGAGUAAAAAGUCAAAAUGCUAAUGAGAGCCACAGAGGCUUCUUACAGAGUGAGUUACCGCAUAGCACUUGCAAGAGAAGCGCACACACAAUUGGGGAAUCUCUAAUAAAACCAUGUGCAAAAGAAAUAGUGCCAUGUGUUUUAAGUGAGAAGUUGUGUGUGUGUGUGUUUAAAAAAAAAUUUAAGCUGUGCCACUUUCCAACAGUUUUGCGCCGUAAUCAUGAUCUUGCUGAUGACAUCCAUACUGAACUAAUUUCUCGACUGCAUCAAUGUGAUGGGUACUCAACAGAUGUUGCAGGACUUUCAUUUUUUUUUUUUUUUUUGGAUAUAAUUUUAACAAACAGAUUGCAGAAGACUUGCUUGUGUGUGAAACAUUAACAACGCUCACCACUGGUGAGCACAUCUCUAUCUGUAUCCAGAAGUUAAUGAACACACACAGUAUACAUUGGGACAAAUGUGCAGAUGUUGGCAGUGAUGGUGCCAAAGCAAUGGUUGGGAAGGUGGCAGGCGCUGUGACACGAAUAAGCAAUGUAGCAAAAACCAGCACCAGUUCUCACGGUGUUCUUCACAGACAUGCACUGGUAGCUAAAAAUAUUUCAAUCCCAUUUAAAACUUUGCUAGACUAAUCGGUCCAGAUUAUUAAUUUUAUAAAAAGUCGACCUUUACAGUCACCACUAUUUAAAAUAAUAUGUGAAGAUAUGGGUAGUCACCACUCUGCUCUGCUUUUGCAUUCAGAAUUCCGUUGGCUAUCACGAGGUAAAGUCCUUGUUAGAAUGUUUGAGUUGCAUCAAGAGUUGUUUGCAUAUUUCCAGGAUCAUAAAUUUGGAUUAUCUGAAAUUAUUUUUUAUUUUUAUUUUUUACAAGCUCUCUGUGGAUAUUCAAAUUAGCAUAUCUUGCAGACUUAUUCACAAAAUUUAAAUGACGUAUGUGUAUCACUCCAAGGAAAAAACACAAAUAUUUUCUGUCUCAUAAGCUGCAGUUUUGGACCUCGUCUGUUGAGCAAAAUAAUUAGAAUUCUUCAACACUCAAGGAUUUUCUUGAAGAUGAAAUUGCAGGUCAUCUUCGCCAUUUAAUCACAUCUAUUAAUCAGUAUUUUCCAUUCUUAAAUGAAAUCCAUUCAUAAAAGACAAGCCAGACAAUAAUUUUUUUUUUUUUUUUUUUCUGACCGCUAUAACUUCUGACAGUCAACUAAGCCAAGAAUUUUCUCUUAUUGCUUUUUGGGGUGAUUUACGCAAAGAAUUACCAUAAUUGUGAUAGCGGGCAAAGUUCUGUUGCCACUCACCAGCAUGUACUAAUGUGAAACUGAAUUCUCUUGUGGGUUUUUUUUUAAAUUUUUUUUUUUUUCUUCUCUGCAACAAAAACAAAGUAUCGAAAUCAACGUGACACAAUUGCAGACAUGUGAAUACAACUGUCCACAAUUAAAGAACCACUAUAGUGGAGGUGGAGAGCUCCCCACCGGGCUCUGGGGAGAGGAAGGGGUUAAAAUCUUACCUUUCUCCAGCGCCGGGUGGGGAGCUCUCCUCCUCAUCUUCGGCAGAAUGCGCAUGCACGGCAGGAGCUGCGCGCGCAUUCAGCCAGUCUCAUAGGAAAGCAUUCAUAAGUGAUUUUCAAGAGACGGCCACUAGAGGCUGGAUUAACCUAUUUAUAAACCUAGCAGUUUCUCUAAAACUGCUAUGUUUAUAUAUUAUAAACAAAAAAGGGUUAACCCUUGCUGGACCAGGCACCCAGACCACUUCAUUAAGCUAUAGUGGUCCUUUAAACCAGAUAUGAAAGUAAUUUGCCAGUAGAAGAGCGCAUUGCACUCUGCUCAUGGUUUGCACUGCGGCGCCAAUUUAAAAAAAUAAAUAAAACAAUUUGGGGGUUCCUAAGUGUUAUACCAUGUCAAAGGGUUCCACGGGAAAAAUUAAUUGGGGAAACCCUGCCUUAGAGUGUACCAAACUGUUGAUUUGCCUACUCCUAAUGUUCUCACUCUCCCAAACGAGCGGGGUUGGAUUAGAAUUCGCUUAUAGCAAACCGUUACGCUGUGGAAGUACAGGAGCCAUCCCCAUGACACAUAGGACCCUGGGAUCAGCUGAUGCCAGAUCUUCCAAGCUGCUGGAACUGGAUACGCAAGAUCGUUGAGGUUUGAAUCAGUACGGUGUCCAGUAAGGCAGGUUCUAUGGUUUCACGCUGGGUUUGUCGGCUGCAGGAACUUGCCAUGCCAGGCAGGACAGAGAAAUGAGUAUAUGGCACAUGUAUAAUCUCCAGUUUGGUAGUCCUCUAUAGCGAUCCUCGGCCCAGUAGGUGGGGUGCCAUGCUUGAAAGCCAGAAUCUCAGCCUUUAGGGCUUGAAGUCCUGGCUGCUUGGCGCGUCAGCUGUUGUCAGCCCAGCAGUCUCCUUCACUCUUCACAGCAGGUGAGGCAUAUUGUGAGAUCAGUGUGGAGCGUCUCUCUCUGCAAUGCGGAGCCAGAAGGCUGUGGAAAAAAAUCUCAUCCAGCUGUUGGAGAGUUGAACGACGCUCCGUCACUUGAGAGGGUCCUUCUGUGACCUCUGCCAUCUUUGGUGCGGUAAGCUCCUGUUGAUUGUGUUGUCGCGGAGCAUAGGAACGUUUUUCCUGGGACCGGUAUAACCCCAACCUGUCCAGAGGGGGAAAGCGGGCCCAAAAUCAAGAUUUCAGCUGUGUGGCAUCGGAGGAGUGGCCGCCAGGCUUGCAGGCUACGUUCAGUGCUCAGGCGAAUCCCGCUUGAAAGGCGAAACUUGGUACCCGUAUAUGCACCUUGGUGUCACCUGUAGUUUGGUAGCCCUUAUGUGUAGUGCACAGGCAGCGUUUUGCUGUUUUUCCGCAAUAUUUGCAGGGAAGAGCAGGAGCUGUAUCAGUAGGUGUCCGCUCAGCAAUCAGGCCCCGCCCAGCUCGUACACCUUUUGCGUGUCAUGGAGGCCUACUAGUUAAUUGCUCAGUAGAAGCCGUAGUCUCUCGAGUGAUUAUAGAGGCGUCUCUCGCUCACACAUUUUGGCACCACAUCUCCCAUGAUGCUUUGCCAGCAUUAUGACUGUGUAAUAGCAUUACAGAACAUGUAGUCAGUAUUUAUUGUGCUGAAGGUUGCCUAUCCCUGGCCUGAAACAUUUGCGACGCAGUGUAGUACCCUAACUGAUUGAGGCUAGCAACUCACUUUGUUUCCUGUUCUAUUCGUAUGCAGUAUUACUCCCUGACGUACCAUACCUUUUUUUUUUUUUUUUAACACAAUGUGUGCAGGUAACCGGUUACAUUGUAGCUACUCGUUCUCUGCAUUUCACAGAGGUUUUUAUGGAGUCUAACUGAUCAGGGAGUGUUCUAUAGUCGUCUUUUCGCGUUUAGGUCUGACAUUAAUGUGUAUUUACCUUGGUUUCAUUUUUAUAUUUAUAUAUAUUUUUUUCUCUUCGAUCACAUUUUAGAAGAUAUUGAAUUAAAGAGAUGUUAACAUAUAGUCUUAGCCAGCCAUUAAUCUAAUUGUGUCUAACUCCCACUAAUCUUGGCCAGACUGUUCUAUAUGUAUAUCCUGGUUCAGCCUGACUGCAUGGAAAUCUGUGCAUUAUUACCCAUUAAUUAUCAGUUCACACUCCAUUUUCUGUCACGUUUUAAUCCUGGGCCUGUGACAUGUUUAAUUUUUUGUUUCAGGGGACCAGGUAGGGUUGCUGAAAAUCCACAGUUCUGAUUGUGUGAAAGGUUAAAUCCUGAUUUCUGCAGCGUCUGUGAUUUGCCCACGCACGUCACUGGUACGCACGUUCUCUAUGCUCAAUUAUACCCUUCAGUAUGAAUGCUGAGGAAAUGGGAGGCAGUCUGUAUAUUUUAAGCCUUUUAUUCAUCUCUGCACAGAUUGAAGCAUGUUACUGGGGAUGUCUCCUUCCCAUGCUAUCCUAUCUGUGAAUUUCCAGCUGCUCUGUUAUUUCAAAAGUCUAUUCUGCUGUGACUGCCUGUCAGGAUAAUUAUAUUUCCUGAAUGGUCUGUUGUUGUGAUGGUAAAAAAAAAAAUUAACUGCCUCAAGCAUGUGCCCAUCCUUACGCAGUGACCACUAAAGCCACCCACGUCACUUCAUUUCAAUAAAGCGGUCUGGGUGCAGUGGCUUGGUGGUAGUAUUCGUCCUGUAAUGUAACAUUGCUGUUUAGUAGAUGUCUAUUGGUACGUUUUACGAACAACCACUAGCGGGAGCUUUCACUGCAAUGACCAAGUUUGACUGUCAUGUGACAUUCAACGUUUAACAUCAUGAAAUACUGGUCAUAGGAUAGCAUUGGUCUCCAUGAGAAGCAUUUGAUUGGAUGAUUGCAUUUCUUGUCCAAAAUGCUUCUCCAUGAGCUAUAUUGGAUGAGAAAAUGAAAAUGGGUAGAUGGAGUGAGCUGCAGUACUGGAAAAAGGGCUGGUAAAACCUGGAUCUAAACCGUUAGAGGGAAUACAUGUUUGUAUUCCUAAUGCUAUAAUUUUCCUCUAAUGGAAUGCAGUCACCCGUAAGACUUGCCAUCUGUUGCUGGCGCACACAGUAUAUUACACCCCUAGCCGUGCCAGCCACCUGUGGAGCUUUUGACAUGAAGCUGAUGGAUUUGACGGCUUUCUCUCUGCAGUACUUAACCCUUUGAUUGCCAGGGCUGUUGUCUGUGCAUUACUGCAGCGUUGCAAGCGUUAACCACAUCGGUAAAACUGUCACCUUGCAGGGACUUUUAAUACCGCCUGUGUUAAUAAUUAUCAGGGAUUUGCCAUUUUAUUUCUAAGUAACUCUGCCAGCUGUAUAUUGACUCCAAUAUAACCAUAAUCCCAUAUCUGGAUGGUUUAUAAGUUACUGUAUGAGACCCGUGAACUCUGCUACCUCCUUUAAACAUUAUGUGAACUGGAUUUACCUGAGCACAUCCUAGAUUGAAUGCAUUAAACCAGAGAUACCUGUUUGCUCAUAUAAACCAAUGUUUGGGAAACCUGUCAGACGGGUUACAGUUCACAGGCUUUUGAAGGCAUGCACCCCCAAACAUGUGUUCCACAUAAUGGUAAGGACUUCCAGAAUCGGGGUCCAUAUAUCCAAACAUUAAAACGCUAUUUUAAAGCAUUGGUCUGGCUUGUGUUCACUGUGUACCCAUAUGACUAAUCCCUUACCUGAAGUGGGUUUUGGGGUUCCAUUUUCCAGGGUUCGAUAAUUGUCAGGGAAUCCGUGACAAUUCCACUGUACCUGAUCCUGGUUCUCCUACUAUUGUCCUCUAUAUAUUUAUUUUUAAUAGUAGUGUUCACUUGCCAAGUAGUUCCAUUCACUUCUCUCCCCCCACUCCCAUCCUUAGCCAGUUGGGCUAUGUAUUCAAUGAACCCAUACUGCAUUGAAUGAAUUGGCCACCUUUUCCCAGAAUUGCUGGGCAUGGUAUAUGUCCGUACUCUGUACGUUGUGAUCCAGCUCUGUACAUUAAAUGCCCCCAGAGAGAAGCAGAUUCAGUUUUCAUAGGGCAAUCCUGUAGGUAGGUGAGAGGGUGUUGAGGUAAUCACCGUUCACAAGGUUAUGGUUGCAGUAAAACAUUUAUCAGCUUUUUUUUUUACUUUGUCUUUUGAAGUGUAAAUGGUUAAUACAUGCUGUGAACAUAAAUCCUGAGGUUGGGAGUUCUUUGUAUGGAUAAUCCACAGCUUUCAAUGUUCUUUAACAUUCCAGCGACUCUGCCGCAUUACUUUGGGCUCAGGAUUUGAAGUGAACCAGCACGGGACAGUGGGUUUACCGAGCUAAUGAGAAAUUUGGAAAAUACUCUUGUUUGAUGGUCCGUCAGAAAUACUAUAUUUGUGUUCUGGCGCGAUCAUAUGGCUGUUUGCAGACCUAUUACUUGUGGUUUCAGAGACUUGUUUAAAUCCUUAUAUAUAGCAACUAUUCUUUCCGUCACUGGCCAUUAAAGGUCCUACCCAGCCAUGUCCUGCAGUCCAUCCGUGUCCGUCUUAUUGGAAAGUGGUUAUGGUGAAAUGAGUUCUGUGUAGAUGAACAUCCCACAUUUACCAGCGCUAAACAUGCCUUAAGUCUGUCCGAGGCUAUCCAAAUAGUAUGGGGUAAGCAGUGAUACCCACAAAAAACAUCACAGAAUGUUCUGGACAUCUUUAAAGAAAAUGUAAGAGGGUUGUCUACAUCUAUAUCAUAGUUUAUAAAUAAAAUAUAUCUUAAAAAAUAAAUACAUAUUAAAUUUUUUUUUUUUUUUUUCUUAAUAGUAGUGACAUUAAGUGUGCAAUGUAUGUGUCUAGGAAUUUCCAUCACUUUCUGUGGAGACACUAUGCCACAAACUCUGUAAUAUUUUACCUUUUAACAGAUACAUAAAGUUGCAUUAUUUUAUUUAAUUGCUGUGAAUAACCUUGGUGUAUUCUAUUAUAGAACCCACUAAUUCUGGUUCCAAUAGAUCCACGCAAAAAUGUCCCUUAUUGCUUUAAACAUUUAGAAUUUUUAUCCCGGACACAUGUCUAAUUCUGGGCCAGUUAUUCAUUCUCUCUCUCUCGUUUCUCGUUUCGUUUUUUUUUUUUUUUUCUUGUCCCCCCCCCCACUGGUGCAUGUACCGAUCCCAGUGCUGCCUUAACACCAAUGCUAAGCAUUAACCCAAUCACUACGUUUACGAAAACCUUUAAAUCUCAUGGUUUUUGUUAGUCAGUGACUGCAUGUUUAGUUCUAAGAUCAACAAUUCAAAAAGUGUUUUUAUCGAUUAAAUGCAGAACACAGUGCUUCGCUACUUUUCAACACAAACCCCAAAUAUUGGCGUUCUAGCACUCUGGUCAGGACAUGUCAAUUCCUUGUGUGUCCCCUCUCUGCAUUUCAUUAAAUAUGGUGGGUUUUUUUUUUUUUUUUGUUUAAAUCAAAUAAUUGGUUUAUCUCCUGGGAGUCCCGUGAUGUUAUGUUUGAUCACAUGUUCCACAGUCUCUGUAUCCUGUAUAGUUAUUCCAUGCAGAGUUUACUAUUCCUUACUCUGGGAGGUAAUAGCAGCUGCUCCUUCCAUUGUACUUUAAUCUGUAACCUCUUGCAUUGAUUUACCUUCAUCUUGCCAGUAGUAAGAUAUUAACUACCUAAUUUCUAACACUAAAUUACAGUAUAAUCAGUAAGAGAACUCUGACUCCUCUUUCUAUUGACAGAAGUGAUUAAUCUACAAUCCAGGACUUUGCUUGGCUUCCAGUGUACUCCUCACAUUGAAGGAAGCGUGCAGCCCCAGAGCUCCAAUCUUCUGCCUUCCGGGAGCCUUGCAGAUCCUUUCUGUCUUCACUAAAACAGAACGAUGGGGCAAAGGCUUUCAGAGAUCCAGUAACCAUAAAAGAACCAUACUAUGCUUGGAACUGACGCAAUUUGAAAUAGACGUCUACUGUAAUGAAAGUGACAUCGGCUAAGCAGCUUAAUAGAGCAAUUUGCGCUGUAACUGCUCAUUAUGCCCCACAUACAGCCAUAAAGGAUGACCAACAGAAUGGUCCAGCUCCAUUCUGGACUACGACCACGGUCUGUAAACAAAUACUAGGAGUCAGAGUGGACUGAACAGUUUGAAUCUGCCUGGUACACAACCUGUAAUCAUGAGGUUCUCUGCCGUAGAUUACAUAAUCUUUGCUCUGCUUCUGGUCCUUUCCUCGGGCAUCGGACUUUAUUAUGCCCUGAGCGGUGGGAAGCAGCGCACCACACAGGAGUUUCUGCUGGCCAAUCGCAGCAUGGGCUUCCUUCCAGUAGCCCUUUCUCUCUUGGCCACGUUCCAGUCAGCAGUGGCAAUCCUGGGAGUACCUUCAGAGAUGUACCGAUUUGGUACAGAGUACUGGUUCCUUGGUUGUUCCUACAUCAUCGGUCUGUUGGUCCCUGCUCACAUCUUCAUACCGAUCUUCUACCGUCUACGGUUAACAAGCACCUACGAGGUAAGGAGCCGGUCUUCUACUUGGCCUCUAUGCAUUGCUUGCUUUCUUUCUAAAAGUUUGUGAAAGAGGUAGCUAGCAAAAACUUCCUAGUUUCAUUGCCGUAUAUUGUAUCAGGGCAGGUUAAAUUGGGCCACUCUGCAGAUAAAAUCCUCAGGUAUGCAAUAUUAACCUACCCAUGGGUUCCUGUAUAAAUUCACAUGGUAUGCUUUUUCUAUCUUGCUGGGUUUUUUUAUAAUCUAUUUAUUUAGAUGUCAUUUUAUUGACUUAACAGUUUUUCUUUUCUUUUUGAUCUGUGUGCAUGAUUGUAGAUUUGCGGCUCAUCUUUCACUUGUAUAAUUCGUUCAGUGCCACAUAUUUUGACUUGUGUUCUAACAUUUACUGAAAUUCUGCAAAGCGUUCCAUUGCGCUGUAUCUUCUGAGCAUCAGGGGGUCUCCAUUGUGUUGGGGGAUGCGAAGCUGCUACAGUAAUCAAUAGGUCUGAUGUCUGUUCCAACCAAAUGGGAGUCAUUGCAGCUGGCAUGGGAACCCAGCUUUGGGUCCUGUUUCAGAUCUAACUCGCAUAUUGCUUUGUUAUUCAAGCCUUAGACUGCAGCAGUUGUUAUGGUGUCAGGAGUGUCCCUUUAAUAUAAACAUUAAAGGACCACUAUAGUGAAAGGAAAACAUACUCGUUUUCCUGGCACUAUAGUGCCCUGAGGGUGCCCCCACCCUCAGGGUCCCCCUCCCGCCCGGCUCGGGAAAGGGGUUAAAACUUACCUUUUUCCAGCGCUGGGCGGAGAGCUCUCCUCCUCCUCCGAUCCUCCUCUUCUCCUCCCCGUCGGCUGAAUGCGCACACGCGGCAAGAGCUGCGCACUCAUUCAGCCGGUCACAUAGGAAAGCAUUUAUAAUGCUUUCCUAUGGACGCUGGCGUGCUCUCACUGUGAAAAUCACAGUGAGACGCACGCAAGCGCCUCUAGUGGCUGUCAAUGAGACAGCCACUAGAGGGAAUGGGGGGAAGGCUUAACCCAUUGAUAAACAUAGCCGUUUCUCUGAAACUGCUAUGUUUUUGAAAAAAUGGGUUAACCCUAGCUGGACCUGGCACCCAAACCACUUCAUUAAGCUGAAGUGGUCUGGGUGCCUAGAGUGGUCCUUUAAUACACUGAAAAUGUUUGAAUGCUUUUUCGCUCUCCUUUCCUAAUGCCCAACACACUCGAUCCUCUUAUUAGGGUUUUUUUUUAAUUUUAUUUUUAUUUUUUACUUUUCCCAUGUCUGUUUAUUCUCCUUCACCCAGCACCACCCCAUCCCCCACUCUCCCUUACAUGAACCAAAAGCAGUCUUGCUUAUCAGACCUUAGUACAUAUCACUCUAUACCUUCUUUUCAUGUUUCUUGAAAGCAAUGUGAUUUACUAACUUGGGAAAAAUUCUGAUUUUAUUUUUCCAAUUGUGUAACUACAACUAACAUAAACAAAUCCUCCUGCACCCCUCUGUCUUGCAGUACCUCGAACUGCGAUUCGGUAAAGCCGUGCGGAUCUGUGGAACAGCGACAUUUAUAUUCCAGAUGGUGAGUUAUGGAUUGGAGGAUAUGAAGAUAUAUAAAUAACUUCUAUAAAGCAAUUACCCAUUACUUGAAUUUCCUCAAUCUAAAUGUAUAAAGGUUGCAGUGUCGCUAGAUUUUAAUAUUCAUACUUUAAUGUACUGCUUGGUAAAUAUGGGACCCUACAAUGAUUCCUUUAUGAUAACUUUGUUUUACUGCUACAUUGAUGUUUUCCAUAUUCUUUUACUGUUUACUCUACAAUCUCACUGUGAUGGGGACAGACAAUGAAACCUUAGACUGCCUUGCUGCGAACGUUGUUUAAUCAGCCACUGGACGUAUUUGGACAGCGGAGAUGGCACCUUCCUGGUUAAAUAAUGUAUUCUAAUAAUGGAUCUAUGACCCAUUGACCUUUAAACCUGGGAUAGAAUUCAAGCCAUGUAGCAGAGCUAAACCUGUUUUUAAAAUGAGCUGAUGGCAAACAUCCAUUUUUAUUACGGUUAAAAGCGUAGAACAGUAUGAUAGCUGAUUGUGCUGCAACUUACAAUUUUCACUUCAAUUUUAACUGUGCUUUAAACUCUUGGGGUCAGACGAAGGGUGAAAAUCCGUGCUUUAGCAUGAUUCUCUGAUUUUGUAUUUAUACGUGUUUGUGCUUUAGAUUGACUGCGGAGAUCCCUCGUGUCUUCACUUUUACUCCUUGUCCAACUGGAAGAGCAGGACAAACUAGAAAUUAAAAUUAUAUCUGUACUCCCCUGCCCCCCCCCCCAUGAUCUACCGGGGGAGGGGGUAAUGAAGAGCAGUCACGUGUUCUUAUUCGAACAUAUUCCAUAGAGCUUAUAAAAUGGGAAUAAUUGACUUGUAGUUGGUAUAUGGAAUAUAACAGACGAGGUGAAUGUAAAUGGCAGGUGCUGAUUGAUACCAUUUUACCUGCACACGUGACGUCAUUAUUCCCACUUACUGCUUUAUGAUGGUCUGCCUGCUAUGAUCAAGAAACGUGUAUUAAUUGGUCUCUCAUCAAAUGAAACCUCCAAUGUUCUCGCUGUGGCUUCAAUGUAGCUUUCUUCAGAGAGAAAAAAGGGAACUGAAGGAAGCCGUCAUGGUAGCGUUCCUUUAGGAUCUUUCCAGACUGAAAGCAGAAUAACUUAUUUAAAAAGUGAAAACUGACUUUCCUUCAUUUAUUUUUCGUUCCCUGUGUCCAUCCAUUCACCGCGGAUGUUUUAGAUAUUUGUUUGGACGUUCAUUCUCUGUUAUCUCUGUGCUUGCUUGCAUGGCUGCGCCAUCAGUCACCAUAGGGUUAAAUAUUUAGCGCACAUUGUGAACCCUUUGUUAACCCCCUUUGUUUCCUGCAGGUGAUCUACAUGGGUGUGGUCCUGUAUGCGCCGGCACUGGCUUUCAAUGCAGGUACUCUCAUCGCUAUUGUAGUUGGUAAUGGCUAUAGCAUUACAUCCUACAGGAGAGGGGGUUUGUAAUCAGGUGUGGCAGCCCCCCGUAUAGCGGAGAUCUGGUUAUUACACACAAUACUGCUGGUAUCAUUGCAUAGGUACACAGAUAAUGUCAUUUACAGGCGAACUGCCCCUCAAUUUGGUUUUUACUAAUGUGGUAAUUGAAGAUUACAGGGACUCUGGGCUUGGUGGGGGGGGGGGCUGCGUUAGGAUUAUAUUGCGAGGGUCUUUCCCUUUGUGUAGCCUAUUCACACUCCACACCAACCACAUAGCACUGGGUGACAAACCACAGAGAGCAGGGAUUGGAUUGCACUCAGGUUAACUCUUGAAAGGGAACAAGGUAACUAUGGCAGAAAGCUCUUCUAUUAAAUGCACCAGGGAAAGGAAGCUAUGAGUGAAUGCUAAAUGCAUUGAUUGUCAGGCCCUUGCAGAGUACAGCGUCUUCCCAAGAGCCAAACUCUGCACUCAACAAACUCUGUUAACAUGUGAGCUGGAACCUAAUGGUUUAAAUGUUCUCUGUUUAGUAGCUAUAGCCCAAUAAAGACAUGCUUGUAUUUUUUUUGUUUAAAUUAAGGUUCUACCUAAAUACAUUUUGAAAAGAAAUCUGUAGUUCUCAUGUCUUGGCAAACCAUCCCCUUCUAACCCCGCCCAGACUUUCUGUGGCUGUCCAAUCACAGACCUCCCAAUGCAGCUCAAUGAGAUGUCUUUGCAAGGCAGAUGCUCUGGGCAAUUGCUGCCUCUUGAGUUUAUCUCAACUGAACUAACCGACCAGGAAAACUUGUCUGACGGCCGGAGGUGGUUAGGAUAAGGUUUCUUUAUAAAAGUGCCAAUUCCUAUUGAAAUCUGCAAAAAAUAAAGCAUAGUAAACUAAAGAUAUACAACAAAGAACUGCUUGUAGUAGUAAAAUAUAUAUAUAUAUAUAUAUAUAUAUAUAUUUAUAUUUACUUACUUCCUGGCUGUCCCCUUCUGCACUCUGCCUCCUCUCAGCUAACAAUUACAGUAUGAAAUCUCUACAAAGGCCAAAACAAAAUCAAAUGAGCCGAGCUGUGCAGCUGUCCAUAGUGUCUCUUAAAACCAAAUCUAAUUUUUGGAAAUCCCCUGUAAAUUUAGUUGUCUGGAUUUUUGUGAAAAGCAAAUUUUAGUGUUACGGGAGAAUACACUCCUUUAUUGCAAUUGAGAGGCGACAAAUGUAAUGAAUGAUACAGGUUACCCCGUUAUAUCCUCAUGUUUCGUUGAGCUGUUUAUAUGGAUGUGGAUCUGCCAUUGUGGGGGUUUGCCUUUAUCGUGCCAUUGAUUGUAUCUAUUUAACUGUGUUAUUGUAAUGAAUUAAAUGUAGUGUUUGACUAUUUGUUACAUUGAUACAAUGAUGUACCUUAUGUGUUUUUUUUUUUUUGUUUUUUGUUUUUUUUUCUUGCAGUUACUGGAUUUAGCCUCUGGGGUACAGUGUUAACAAUGGGAUUGGUCUGUACACUAUACACUACACUGGUGAGCUUUUAGUCAUUUUGUGUAAUUCAUGCUCAUGGAAACUUUCUGGGGACCUGAAAUAAGCAAUUUUAACUGUAUGUUAAAGAAGAUCCAAGGAACUGCAGUGAGUGUGCUGGUCAGAGUGUGUGUGUGUGUGUGUGUUAGUUAUAGGAGGUGUGGGGAGCUGCAGUGAGUGUGCUGCUCAGGUAGUGUGUGUUAUAGGAGGUGUGGGGAGCUACAGUGAGCGUGCUGCUCAGGUAGUGUGGGGAGCUGCAGUGAGUGUGCUGCUCAGGUAGUGUGUGUUAUAGGAGGAGUGGGGAGCUGCAGUGAGUGUGCUGCUCAGGUAGUGUGGGGAGCUGCAGUGAGUGUGCUGCUCAGGUAGUGUGGGGAGCUGCAGUGAGUGUGCUGCUCAGGUAGCGUGGGGAGCUGCAGUGAGUGUGCUGCUCAGGUAGUGUGGGGAGCUGCAGUGAGUGUGCUGCUCAGGUAGUGUGGGGAGCUGCAGUGAGUGUGCUGCUCAGGUAGUGUGGGGAGCUGCAGUGAGUGUGCUGCUCAGGUAGUGUGGGGAGCUGCAGUGAGUGUGCUGCUCAGGUAGUGUGGGGAGCUGCAGUGAGUGUGCUGCUCAGGUAGUGUGGGGAGCUGCAGUGAGUGUGCUGCUCAGGUAGUGGGGAAAGCUGCAGAGUGGCUGCUCUGGUAGUGUGGGAGCUGCAGGAGUGUGCUGCCUGUGGUAGCGGGUUAUAGGAGGUGUGGAGCUGUGUGAGCUGUGCUGCUCUGGUAGUGUGGGUUAUAGGGAGGUGUGAGGAGCUGCAGGAGGCUGAGGAGCUGCAGUGUUAUAGGAGGUGUGGGGAGCUGCAGUGAGUGUGCUGCUCAGGUAGUGUGGGGAGCUGCAGUGAGUGUGCUGCUCAGGUAGCGUGGGUUAUAGGAGGUGUGAGGAGCUGCAGUGAGCGUGCUGCUCAGGUAGUGUGGGUUAUAGGAGGUGUGAGGAGCUGCAGUGUGUUAUAGGAGGUGUGGGGGGCUGCAGUGAGUGUGCUGCUCAGGUAGUGUGUUUUAUAGGAGGUGUGAGGAGCUGCAGUGAGCGUGCUGCUCAGGUAGUGUGUGUUAUAGGAGGUGUGGGAGUUGCAGUGAGUGUGUUGCUCAGGUAGUGUGGGUUAUAGGAGGUGUGGGGAGCUGCGGUGAGCGUGCUGCUCAGGUAGUGUGGGUUAUAGGAGGUGUGGGGAGCUGCAGUGAGUGUGCUGCUCAGGUAGUGUGUGUGUUAUAGGAGGUGUGGGGAGCUGCAGUGAGCAUGCUGCUCAGAUAGUGUGGGUUAUAGGAGGUGUGGGGAGCUGGAGUGAGUGUGCUGCUCAGGUAGUGUGAGUUAUAGGAGGUGUGGGGAGCUGCAGUGAGCGUGCUGCUCAGGUAGUGUGUGUGUGUGUUAAAGGAGGUGUGGGGAGCUGCAGUGAGUGUGCUGCUCAGGUAGUGUGUGUUAUAGGAGGUGUGGGGGGCUGCAGUGAGCGUGCUGCUCAGGUACUUACUGGAUUUUUUACGAAUGAGCGCAUUCAUUAUAGGAUGAAGUGUGGAAACUUGGACUAUGUUCUAAUGUGUGUUGUAAAUAAAUAAAAUAAAAGUCUUGGUGUACAUUCUGGCUGAACUCUAACCAUGGAAUGGACAGUCUGUGUUUCUAGUAGAUCUAGUUUUCAGACCUGUUUCUGCAGAACCAGUUGAUCUGGCUGGCAGUAAUCUGACGAUCCUCUCUUCUCCCACCAGGGGGGUCUGAAAGCCGUCAUCUGGACAGAUGUUAUCCAGACCAUGGUGAUGUUUGCCGGACAGCUCGCUGUGAUUAUAGUUGGUACCAUGAAAGUGGGCAGCAUCAGCGAAGUGUGGCAAAUCGCCACUGAAAAUGGCAAGAUCUCUGGCAUAAAGUGAGUGUUGGCAAUCCGCUGUGAAUUUACUUGCCUUGCUAAUUCGAGUCUCCGUAUAGCUGUCCUGGGCUGCUCGCUGGGACAAUGUUAUCUCUGGAACUUUUACUAAAUUCGUUUAUUUUUUUAUUUGUCCCUUUUUUAAAUGUUUUCCACCUCUGCUGGGUAUGAAACUUUUUAAUUAACAAACAUUCAGAAAAUCUGUUCAUGUGAAACAUUCUGUAAUCAUAUCAAAUGUUCUCAUUACUACCUCUGUGGUAGCUUGUUGAAGUGGUUUGUCCUAUUCGUGACCGUUUUAUUAAAGUGCAGAUUUCAAUAGAAAUAAACCCCUUUCUGGCUGUCUGAAACAAUAGCAGUCGCUCCGACACUGACCAUCGCUCAGGCAGCUUUGUCGUGUGACUGGCACGCUGGGCACAUGCCUUCCCUGUACUACAACUUGGCGAAAGUCCUUUGACAUAUUAUCCACCACCAAUGACCUGCAGGAAAAAAAAUUCAUGCUUGUGUUCCUUGGAGUUACAUCUCCUUAAUGGUUGAAAGAACGUUUCAUUGAUGGGUUGUUUUUUUUUUGUUUGUUUUUUUUUUCUCACGUUUAUCUUCUUUGCUUCCUGGCGUUUUUCCCUUUUAGACUCUAACUCAUUGCUGAGCUCUGUCAGUUUAAUGUUUUGGUGAAUAAAAGAGGGUAUUUGAACAAACCUGAGCAGGGUCACAGUCCCAGUAGCAACAUGUGACUGUCAAGCUCACCAGUGAACCUUGCAGACUCUAUGUAAGCUUGAGUAUUUUAAUAUAUAUAAAUAUAUUCGGUGCAUUGGGAUUUAAUUGAAAUUCCAGCAAAAUCCAAAGAUUUCUACAACAAAGCUGAGACCACUUUGUCCUAUUGUAAAGUCUGCGUUUGAUAAAAGCCAUAGUUUCUCAAUCGGAGCAGCCGUGGGAUAUAAGCAUAGUCUCUCAUCGCAAGAUGUCCUCUAUGGAAGGUCUUGCGGGAUCCUUCAUAGAUCUGUGUUGUACUCUUGCAAGUGUACCUCAUGCGCGAGUGUACAGCACCGGGAACUGAACAAGGCUUUCAGGAAAAAGAUGGCGGGGCCUAUGAUGGACAGCUUCAGGUAAGUAAACCUACCUUCCACUGCACCCUGCAAAGACCCCCUGAAAGGCACAAGCAACUUUAAAAUAAAAAAUGCUUUGUGUUUUUUAAAGGAAAGAAAUAUGUUUUUCUGAACCCCACAAACAAGCUCACUGGUGAACUGUGGUUUAGGGCACUGCUAUUGGCAUGUAUUUCAUGGUCUCCCUCCACUGUUUGUUUUGUAGCUGGAACCCGGACCCAUUUACACGCCAUUCUAUUUGGUCUCUCGGUAUUGGAGGAAUCUUCAUGAUGCUGUCUCUGUACGGGGUGAAUCAGGCCCAGGUGCAGCGAUACCUCAGCUCCCGCACAGAGAGGGAGGCCAAAUUGUGAGUGAUGGAUGAUUUACAAUGACUUCUAUCGACUGUACACCUGGAAAUUCUCAACUUAAUCAUAUCUUGUCCCCCCCCCCUCCAAAAAAAACGUACACUUAUAAACCCUCAAAAAAAUAUAUUCUCUAGGGUCUUAUUUGCAGGGGAUGUUUAUUCCAGUUAACAUUUUUAGUCUUAAAGGACUACUCCAGGCACAAUAAAAACUUGAUCAGAAUGAAGUAGUUAUGGUGUGAGGACUUACUUUCCAGUCUGAGUUUAGUCUGGAACUGAGUGUCAGUGAUAGACUUAGAACGCUGAAUAACGUGACCUUCUAUAAAUUUCCUGAAGCCAAGCUUUCCAUCCAUAUGUAGUGAAUGACUGGCCCACUUUAACACCUUCAGCCUCUCAAUCCUGGAUUGUUGUCCUCUCCUUUCUAAUAGGCUAUCCUUAAUCAAUAAACCAUUGAUUGUUAAUUGGUGUUUUUAAAGCCGACCAGCAGACUGCUCUCUACUGAGUCAUCGCAUUAUAUACUGUAAUUUGCCACCUUAUACAGACCAGUCAUUGGUGGAGUAAAGACACACCCCAGGUUGGGUUACUGUUAGCCCAGGUGAGUUAACAUUCCUACAAGGACCUCUCAGACUCCCACCUAUAUUUGGUGCACUGAAGGUCUGUGCUGGGGAUAGAACGGAGGGAUGUGAGAUAUGCAGCUUUGUGAGCUUUUUAGAUACCCCUACUCUCCUUCGUAUAAAUACAGAAUUAAAUGCAUGUUUUCCUUGGGGCAUAUCUACUAAAUUGUGAUUUUACAAAUUGGGGUAGGGCAUUCUUACUACAGUGGCAAUUUUAUUUUUGUUCUUUGCCAAAAGUAAUAUUCAUAAAUACAUCUGUUUUGCUCCAUAAGCCCACUAUGUCAUCCUUUACUCCCUACCUGCUUUACUAUAAAAUCCCUGCUAUACAUGAUCACAAUACCUGGAUCUGUGAGAGGUUUAGUUCAGGCUUUCUACAUACAUAAAACAGACUUCAUCUAAUACUCCCAGAAUCGGUUGUCCAUAGCACUCUAUCUCAGCAGUGCUAAGUUAGCAAGCAGACAGUCAUUUUCUGUUCAGAAUUCCCCACCAAGCUCCAAAACCUGAGACUUUAUAGCAAAUGUGGGAACAUAAACCAAGAUAUUGUGGACUUUCCAUCCCUGGUGCCAUGUAAAGGAGAUACUUGUUUGUCCUUGGCCAAGCAAUCUGUUUGUUCUCCUUUGCCAGGUCCUGCUAUGCCGUGUUUCCAUGCCAGCAGCUGGUGCUCUGCUUCGGCUGUAUUACGGGGCUCGUCAUGUUCGCCUAUUACCAAAAAAAUGAAAUCCUCAACCCAGAAAUUAUCUCCACGCCGGAUCAGGUGAGGAGCUGUGAGAUUCAAACCAUCUGCAUUAUUUUCCCAUGUGCUCACCAUUCUUUCUCCCUUGGGUUUCUGUCAUUUUCGUAUGCUCACUCUGUAUCCUACUUUAAUAAUUCCUGUUUCAGUAAUUCUCAUUCUCGCUCUUCGUCCUGCUCUAGAUGGUCCUUUACUUUGUGAUGGACAUUCUGAAAGAUCUCCCUGGUCUGCCUGGGCUGUUCGUUGCUUGUCUCUUCAGUGGAGCGCUCAGGUAAUCUUCUGUUACAGUGGUGUGUGACUAUAUCUAUAAUUUAUAUGAAUUUGUAUUAUAAUAUCUACCUGUACGAGUAAUUAUUUACUUAUUAUAUUCCCAGUACCAUCUCCUCUGCAUUUAAUUCCUUAGCAACGGUAACUAUGGAGGAUUUCAUUAAACCGCACUUCCCACAUCUGUCUGAGUCACGGGCUACUAUGCUGUCAAAGGUCCUUGGUGAGUAUUGUUACUAAAACUACCAGUUGAUCAAUCCCUUGGGGGCAUUUUAGUAAUCUGUAUCGUUACCAGAUUAUCCUCGGGGGAAUUGUAGUAACCUCUAUCAUUGCCAGACAAUCCCCGGUGCAUUUUGGUAGAGGUUACUACAAUGUCCCGGGAUUGUCUGGUAAUGAUCUAUAUCAUUACUAGACAGUCAAUCUAGUCCUGGGAGGGGUAAAAUGUAGCUCCCCCGAUGUUGUCGAACUAUAACAUUUAUAGUUAUAUAAAAAUAACCAUUCUAAUAGCAAGCAAAGCAUGUCUUACAACUUCUGAGGAGGCACACUUUUUAAUUUUUAUUUUUUUUUCUGGUUGUAAUGGCUACAGUGGCAUUUGGUUUGAUAUCAUUUUGUCUAUUUCAGCUCUGGGAUAUGGUCUCCUGUGCCUUGGCAUGGCCUAUAUUUCCUCUCUGAUGGGCUCAGUGCUGCAGGUGAGACCUAGUUACUAUUAAACUAACUGGAAAGGCUCUGUGUAUCUCCAGUAUUGAAGUAGAACUAAACCUGUGACUAUAGGGGUGCGUCUGUCUGUUAUGCUGCAGGUAUAAAGGAUGCGCUUAUGACAAUGAUUGACUGGGAGGUAAAGUAGACUGACUCGGUUCCAGGAAUAGGGGUAAAUCCAGUGGUGUGGAUUUUAACAUUUGUUAAAUAUUGGGGAUAGAAAAAAACUCAUUAUAAAUCUAGGAAAGAGAAAGUACCCCUUAAUGUAGCUGCAUCAAAGUUAAUCAAUUUUUAUUUAUUUAUUUUUUUUUUUUUUUUGCCACAUCCAAUUAUCCUCGUUUUGUCAAGCGUAAGAAAAAUACUGAGACAAACUGUUUUCUACCGUGUUUCAGUAUAUCGCUCGUUGAAAUUCCAGCACGGUCACUGUGAUUGUUUUAUGAGGCUUGUCUUUAUGAAAUGCUCAUUGUGGAAGGGGGAGUUGGCUGACCCCCUUUAACUCCUUUCCGCUCCAGUUUAGCACAUAAUUCAUGCUUCCUAAACCAUGUAAAACAUUUAACAUAAUGUUCAUGGGAAUACCUGGCCCACAUGUUGAAACUCUGACACUGCUGAGUGAUUGAAUCCGUGGAUCAGAUUAUCUUCCUUCUGGCUAUUCUAUCACCAUGCGGUUGCUUUGCCCCAGAUCAUCUGGUAGAACAUGGACAGCGAGCAACUCUUACUGAUCUUGCGUGUCUGUCUGGGUUCAUUCAAUGUAAACACUGUCUGCAGAAUUUCAGAACCUUUCAGUAAUCAUAUGAUUUGAUCAAUGUUUUAUUUGUUUUCUUCCCAAUCCACAUUCACAGGCUGCUCUUAGUAUUUUUGGAAUGAUUGGAGGACCCCUCCUCGGUCUCUUCUGCCUUGGAAUAUUCUUCCCUUUCACCAAUUCCAUUGUGAGUCUCUUACCAAUGAAUUGAUUAUCUGUGUGUAUAUUUUAUUACAUUGAGGGGAGAGGGGGGGGUCUUUUAUUGUAUCUGUGUGUGUAUACAUUAUAUGACACUAGAAUGUAGUGGGAUAUCAAAGAAACACACAUAUUAUUUAUUAAAUGUUUUAUAUUCUCUUUACAAUACUGGAUCCCUUUGUUCUGUUCUGAAAAUCUUUUAACUAUGCUAUAAACUCUCUUCACUUCUGUCCAAAUCUCCUACUCCUGUGAUGUCAUCAAGUCUGAUGAAUUUGUCCAAUCAGAUGCUUCUCAUAGAGUAGCACUGAGGAAACACAGCUUACGUUGCAGCAAUCUGAUAUAGAGAAGCAUUGGAUGCGCAGCCAGUCUUAGAAUACUUUAACUACUGACACUGGACAUCAGAUUCAUUAUGGAGGGUCACCAUGGCUGACUGUUUGACGGCCAGUAGACGUGCGGGGGUUGCAAACAACAAGGCUGCAGAGGCAUUAUCUUGCUCCAAAUCCCUUUUGGUAGGAGUCAAGUAUUUUAAACGUUUUAAUAAAAUAAACCUUCUAAGUGAAACAUUAGAAACCUAUGUAGGGCGAUGGCCAUUCCCUUCUCUAUGAUCCAUCUUAUGGUUUUUUUUUUUUUUUGGUUUUUUUGUUAUGAAGUGAAUCUACUCUCCUCAUUGGAGGUGACUGUAUUUCUAAUAUAUACAGCAAGACUAGUCUUGUGCACAAAUACAUUUAUUUUUUUUUUUCUCUGUGACAGUCCUAGUGAGUCAUUGUGUGCCAAGGGCUUAAUGUGCUAAACUUGUAUAAACAGUGCCCAUUUAGAUCACAAGAACACUUUCUGGGUCAGAUGUGAGAGCGUGUGAAUAUCUGAUCCAUUUCCUAAACUGAGCUUUUACUAUCUGGAAGACUAGCUGUAAUUGUCCACAUAUAAUAAUCUAACUCCCAUUGUACAGAAUAAAAGCGGCACUGUCCUGGCCGAAUCCAGUUUUUCUUUAACCCCCCUCCUGACUCCACUACAUCAAAUCAUCCCCCUAGUCGCUCCCAAAUGCCCUUAAGCAUAUUGCUUAUUUUUUAUCUUAAUUUUGUGCCUGGACCUAGGUCCUGGGCACCGACCAUCUUUGAGUGGGCAUAUGAAGCCCCUGUGGGAUGUGAAAUUCUUGCUCAUGCCCAGUUAAACACUUGGGCAUUCGCUAUUGUCUGAAAUUCGGACAGGAAUUCUGUCUAUUCAUUCGUCAGACAAAGGAAUGAAUGGAAAUUUCAGCCGAACAAACACACACCAAAUAUCGGUGUUUGUUCGUUCUUUCAGUUUAUUACAAGGAGGGAGCUACCGGGGGUGUGUAUGUGUAUAUAUAUAUAUAUAUAUGUAUGUAUGUAUGUAUGUGUGUAUAUAUAUAUAUAUAUAUAUAUAUAUAUAUAUAUAUAUAUAUAUAUAUAUAUAUAUAUAUAUAUAUAUAUAUAUAUAUAUAUAUAUAUGUGUGUGUAUAUAUAUGUGUAUAUAUAUAUAUAUGUAUAUAUAUAUAUAUAUAUAUAUACACAUUUUUUUUUUCAUUUAGAUCCCACCCGUCGCCCAUAGGUGGGUGAGGACAAUAGGUUGUCAUUGCCACCCGUGGCCCAUGAGGGGGACAAUAGGUGUGUUUCUCCCCUUCCCUUGGCCUUUUAGGGCCCCCACCUGCCGGUCAUGGCCGGUGGAGGGGAGGACAAUAGGCUUCAUUUUGGGCCCUCACCAGUGGCCCGCUACUCACGGUAUCGCAAGUAGGGGCAGAUUACUAAUACUAAGUAAUUUUUACUUAGUAAAGUUGGCUGAAAGACCAACCUUCGUCUUUAAGCCUUUUAGUAGAUAGCUCCUUAAUUCCCACGGUAUCGGGAGCUAUCUACUAAGUGGCUGCAAGAUGCAGCCGCAGCACAGAUCAGAUCGGGAUUUCGUGCCAUCGGAAAAGUACUUAAUGUCGUCCUAAAAUGAAUGGAUAAACUGUUCUCAUUCUGUUAAAACGAAAUUUAGUAUUUUCGCCAGCGUCCUGUCUGAAUGACAGGACGUUCGUGAAUAAUGAAAGCAGGCCUUGUGAGAUCACGGAGGAAAGGGUGAGUAUUGUGGAAAAAAAAUCUUCUGACCUACAGGAAGUGGGUCAUAGCGGGUCAAGCAUAAGAAAAAUACAUAAGACAAAGUAGUCCUUACUUUGUCUUAUGUUUUAAAGAAAACUAGAUUAGAUCGAAAAACGGAGAACAGAUCCUGAGAGGGAGAGAAGAGGAAGCGAUUGGGGAAAUGUAAGUUUGGCAUGGCAGUGCUGCUUUAAGAACUAAUCAGUUUUUUUUUUUUUUGGUGAUGGAUGACACACGAGGUGAAAAGGGGUGUAAGCACGUUAAAUGAUAUAGCCAUUUAUUAAUCUAGCUCUCCCCGUCUGUUAGUGGUUCAGAGUUCACUGACUUCACGUUCUACAUUUAGGGUGCGAUUAGUGGUUUAGUGGCGGGACUCGGAAUGGCCUUUUGGAUUGGAAUUGGAAGCUUUGUAUCGAGAAUGUCCAUGGUCUCUUCACCUAUACUAAAUGUCACCAGUAUACCAGAGGUUGGCAAUCUCACCACAGCCGUGAUGACCACCCUGUUGACCACUAAAACUGCUCAAAAUAGGUGAGUGAAGAUAUUUCGGGGAUGUUUUCAAUAAUCGUCAUUUACUGUGCAAUAAAGCAAAUUAAUGAGGAUUUUCAGGGUCUGUGCGGAGCCUGCCAUGCGUGACAUUGUCAAUAAUCUGCAUUUAGUGUGCUUCUGUAGAGUAUCAGGAUUCUAAAGGCAAGGGACAUCAGUAGAUAUCCACAAACCAUUCUGCUUAAAAUUUUCUGGAUUCUUCUGCUCUUAGCUUUAAAGUUGCUGGACUUUGACCCUUGAAACUAGCAUGGCUUGAUUUAUGCGAAAACUAGUGCAGGUUAUUUUUUUUUUUUUUUUAAAUUGUAUUGAGUUUACAAUCCCAGUCUUCAUACUGAUGUCUUCGUUACAGUGUCACCGGCCUGGCCAAGUUCUACUCUCUGUCCUACAUGUGGUACAGCGCUCACAACUCCACCACCGUGGUUAUAGUGGGAAUCCUUGUGAGUCUGCUUACAGGUAAGGAGCAGGAGUUUGGUUUGUAGUAACAUUAUUUUUGUAAAGUUUUCUCUAGGAUAUCGAUUGUCUGUGGCACUGAGUAUGUUUUCUUUCUGGACAAUUUUUUUCCAAUCUCUGUGGUCCACAAACCUGUAGCACUAUUUCUGUUCUGUACCAGGAGAAACGGUUUAGAAGAUAAAAUACUGGUGAUUACAUUUUAUGUAUUUUAUUUUUUUUAUUUUUAAAUUGGAUUAUAUUUCCAAUGUGCUAGGGUUGUACUGAAAGUAAUGACUGUCAGGGCAUAAUUCCUUUAUUAAAAACACAAGACGUGUGGAACUAGAGUAACGCUUUAUCUACUACAUGGUACUAUUCAAAUUCUUCUCAUCUAGUGGCGAUAAAUCUGUGCCAUUGCUGAACCCACUUGUAAAAGUCUUUGUGACACUUCGUUACCAGCAUCUGAUGGGGUACUUCACCUGUAUCAUUAAAGCUCUGCCCUAUAAUUCUUUCCUUUAUUUAACUGAGCAAGUGCAAACAUUCUCCCAAAAUGUUUUCUUGUUGGCUUUACUAAAUGUGUGUUGAGAACUGUUGAACUGCCCAAUCCAAUUCGUCCACCAUGUGUGUGUAUUUAUCUGGGACAGCUGUUGAUGGCCUCCCACUAUCUGUUUCUGUCUUCAAUACCAGUUUCACCUUCUUUAUAUUUGCAUUUGAGUUAAUUAUUUCGGGGGGAAUCUCAAAUUGGCAUUACUUUCAGAACAACUCUCAUAUUGUUAGUUUAAUGUAGUGACUUUUUAUUUUUAUUUUUUUUCUAUUUUUGCAUAUUUGUUUUGUAUAUUCUCUGGUAAUAUAUGAACUUUUAAACACUGCCCAAACUAUAUAUUUUUCAAUGCACAUGAUUUUCACUGAAUACAAGGAUCAUUCUGGUCUUAUAGGGAUAUUUUUUUUUAUUUUUUUUUUCACCCCAUACAUUUUGCCUAGCAGGGAUUUAUGGGAUAUGUAGUUUACCCCUAGCUGCAGUUACACUCAUUACAUAGGAUGAGUGAAACUAAUUGCCAUCAAUCAUAGCAUCUGCUAAAAACUGUACACAGCCCUGUUUUUUUGUGAAGCUUUGUGUUCUUCCGAGCUUCUAUGUAUGCACUUUGGUGUGUGCGAUGCAUGCACGCUGCCCACACACCCUGGAUGUUUAGGAGAUCGGACAUGCGAGUGUCUUUACACCUUUACUGUGGCAAUUAUCCAAAGUUAUUCUGGUUCUUGGUGUGACCAUUUAAGAUGAUGGCGGUGCAGGUAUCUAGCUGUUAUCUGUUUUUAUAUAAUUAUUCUGACUGUAUACGGCAGGCUUCCCCAAACUCCGGACCUCCAGAUGUUGCUGAACUACAACUCCCAUGAUUCUAUGAAUUAAAUAGGUUGAGAAUCAUGGGAGUUGUAGUUCAGCAACAUCUGGAGCGCGGGAGUUUGGGGAAGCCUGCCGUAUACAGAAUUAAUAUUUAGUUUGCCAAUAAGACCAUGGCUGUUGGACACCUAGCAAACACUGUAGAUAUCUUUGUUUUAUUAAAGUAAAUUCAUAUUUUCGGUGUUUUGUUAAAAUAUAAAUCCUAUUUACCGACAUCGUGGCUUACCAAGCUGUGUCGUUUUUGGUUUUGGUUUUUUUUUGGCUUAGGUCCAAUGAAAGGAGAGGACAUUGACCCACGCACGGUCUUCCUCGUUCUUCCAAAGCUUUUGUUUUUCUUACCGGAGAGAUACAAGGAGAAGCUCCGUUUUGGGGUGCCACACAUUGCAGAGGUAGGAGAACAUCACUCCAUCAGACUACUACAGGUACACAGGGUCACGUUCUAGCUAUGUAUCAUUCCUAAAUAUAUAUCUGAGGGUCCUGAAGCUGCCUGUGGCAGAUUUGUAGGGCACCGCACUAGUAUUUCUUUAUAGCAUGCUGGCGACAGAUUACCAAUGACAGUGACCAACCCUCCUCCCAUCCACCAGUGUAGCCCAAGUCUUACACUUGGCUUGUCCUCCUGGACAUCCUUACCCCUCCAGUGAGGGGCAGUGAUGUCACCAGAAGAUGAUCAAAUGGCUGGUUUUAUAGGUCUCUUCACUAGAUUGAAGGUUAGUUUAUCAUCUUUUUUUCUUCCCCACCACAUGCCAGCAAAGCAGGGAGGGGGGUGGGGGUGGUGACCAUGCCAGCAAAGCAGGGAGGGGGGUGGGGGAGGUGACCAUGCCAGCAAAGCAGGGGGGGAGGUGACCAUGACAGCAAAGGUUACUAUAACCAGAACAAAAGCUGUAUCCUUCAUUCAGGUUUAUCUCACAGCUGAUCUCUUCAGCUCCUUUGUUUGUCAUGCCCUGGCCUAAUGCAGUCUUAGCCGUGGGCUAUAAUUCAAAACCAUAAUUCUUUGCCUUCAAUACUUAACUCAAAACAUUAUCCUUGCCCUCAACGUAUAGCACUAAUCUUUAUUCCUAACCUAGCUACUGAAUCCCUAACCCUGAUCUAAAACCUUCCUAUAGUCCCUAACCCUAUUAAUACUAAAAAAUAAAAUUCAAAUCCCAAAUCUUGCUACUAAACAUUAUCCAUCAGUCAUUAAAUAAUGCUCUGUUACAAAACUUCCCAUUCUCCCUAAUCAAUCUUGGUUUAUAAAAUGUUAAGGACUAGGUGUACUUUAACUCCCAUCUGUUGCAGACUGUAUUAUGCCAGGCUGGUCAUUUAAUCUAUUAAAUAACUGCUAGAAUGUUUGCAACGUGAAAGACACAAUAUACAUUUGGAUUUAAAUGCAGUGUAGUACAUAGCAAGAUGCUGAACUCACCUGACUCAUUCCACUGCUUUCACUUGUGUUAAUGUACAUAUUUAAUAUGAUCGAUGUACUGGUGGUGUUUGGUUUCAAUCUGUUUAGCAGUAUUAAAGCCAAAAUAGGGUUCACUUGUCCACCAGCUUUAUUGAUGUAGAGGUCCCAAUUGACCACUUAGACAAAUUUUGAUCAGAUCAUUUUAAGAAAAACUCUCCUUCGUUGAGCUUGUAUUUUUUUAAUUUUUAUUUUUUAUUUUUUUUUUUUACAGGACUGUCCAAAAGCGGCAAUUGCAGAAAAAACUUGCAAUGGUUUUUUAAAUGGAGACACCCAAAUCAUGGGAAAAGAGGAGAUGGAAGAAAGCUGCGGUGGCUUUUUUCGUUCAGAGGGUGGACACUCUUACGUUGUUCAAGAGACCUCCCUUUAGAUAUUUUGAGAACAGAGAAAAUUCACACAUCAGACUUUCAGAAAAGUAAUGGCCAAUAUCACCCGAACACCAUGAAACGUAAUUUAUGAACCUUCUACUGAUUCUGAGACGAUGAGGGACUGAGAUAUCGCUGCUAGGUCUUUAAGUUGUUUGGCUGACAAUUCCAACACUUGUUCAUCUAACUCUUGACGUUCUGUAAAAGUAAUCUCUCUGCCCUCCAGCGGCCUAAAAGUGGUAUUUUUGUUGUGUGUUUUUUUUCAGUGGUAUGUUUGUCUAACGCACAAGAUUCAAAGAUGUACUUAGUCAACCACCUAGUAAGAGUGAGUAACUGCUCACAGAAGAACCACAAGCAUGAAGUGAAUCCUAAGAUUCAAGUACAGUCAGAUACCAAGCAUAUAACCUUUCAGAAUGUCCAAUUGUGCAGUGUUUUCUGAACGUGUUUGGUGGAAAAUGUUAAUGUUGCGGUGAGAAGAUAAAAUGUGGCCUAUUAUGUUAAUAUCCAUUUACAGAUUUCGUCUUGUGCUCUAAUGAUUCUGGUGUCACUUACUCGGGGGAUGUUGUCAUUCAGCAGCCAAACAGCCUCUUUGAUAUCUUUCUACCUCUUGACAGAAGUUGGGAAACUUCCGCGUAAUUGGACUAGCCAGUUUUUUUUUUUGUUUUUGUUUUUUUUUAAUAUUUCACCAGAACGGUAAAAUUACCUACAUUAGGUUUAGACUUGAGCUGGGCUCAAGAUCUUCUGAAUGAAGAAGAAUCUUUUGUGCAGAACUCUGCAGAGACCAUAUAGAAAAAUCAUACCCCAUUCUGUUCCUGACCUCUGCCUCAUAAAGAUGCCUAUAUAAAAACUCUGAUUUUUCUUUCUUGCUUAAAUAGAUUCUCUCCAUUAAUUUGCCAUGCAGGUGCAUCUGGUUCUUUCGAAUUCAUUUUUUUAAAAAACUCUUUAAAGGGUUACCAAACACUGUUCUUCUCAUCAUUCAGGUACAAUGUGGGGGAAAGUUGGUAAUUGUACACCAUGCCCCCCGUUAACAACCGUGCUGUUUUCGGUUUACGUACUGUGUACUUAAAACAAUCAAAGCCUUGAAACAGUUUUUUUUUUUUUUUUCUGUUUGCUUAUACUAGAAUUGUUUCAUACAGUUAAAUCUAUAUAUUUUUUUCAGUCCUGGCUUCCUCCAGUUGGAAAAAUUAAUAUCUAGUUAAUGCUGUCAUCCGAAGUAUAGUUCUGGAUUGUUCUUUUCUGCCAUACAAUUUAUAGGUUUUUAGACAUUUCAGCCACAUUUCCCAUGAUGCACAGUCCUGAUGCAGGACAUUAAGCCCACAGACAUUUACAUUGUCUAAGUGGAGCAUCGCAGUGUUUGUUCUAAUGGUUGUGUAAUUCUGUUCUAACCUAGAUAUGUGUGAUUAUCCCAGCCUGUGCCAUCAGCAGCCUAUGUGGUCACCAUGUCAAUGGACGCUGAAACCAGAGCGGUCAUCGAAAAAUCAUUCUUGUAGACAAAAUGUUUUUUUUUGUUUUUGUUUUUUUUGUUUAACACUGUAAUAAUUGGAAAUGAGUAGAACAUGCUGCAGAUCGUUUCUCAGUUGUGGAUAUGUUUUUAAAUGGAGCAGCUGUGACCGUCACUGUGCUUUGUAAGAAAAGCGUGCCUGUUGAAGGGAUCACGUCCUGCCAGUCCACCUUCUCAAGGUCCUCUCACAGUAGAUUGCCCCACUGUAUAGCAUAGAUAAAUAUUUAUGUACCAGUAAUAUUCUAACCAGAGCAGGAAUUACUGCCUGGGUAAAGUGUAAGCACUACAAAGGAGACCAAAUAAAAUAUUUUAUUUAUUACCGAGCAGAGAAUUCACGUAAUCGCCUACGGGUAUAAUGCUUGCAAGCUGCUACACAAUAACUUUCUGCUAGUUUUGCAGAGUUUGUAUUUGUUUUUUUUUUUUGUUUUGUUUUUUUUACUUUAUCCAUAGAAUUUUUCUGAAAAUACAGAAGUCUCUAGCUAACAUUAUUCGAGCCAUUUAUCAUGGGAAAACUGGUUUAAAACUAUGCAACCAGUUCAGAAAAGUAAAUAUCAGCUUUUUUUAUUUUUACUCUGUAAAUAUAGUGUUAACCCUCUGCCUCCAGCUUUCCUUAACAAGCUCCUCGUAGAAUGCCCCAUUCCAACUGUCCCAUUGUAAUUCUCGUUAACACAACAAAUCGUCGCCUGCUUUUUCUUCAGAUCUCUUCCCUGUCUCCUCAUAGUACAUUUUUACUAACUACGUUAAAAGAUACUUUAACACAUCCGUCUUUAAACCCACACACCUAGCUGGAUACAAUGGAUUUCCAGCAUUGUGGGCAGAUACGGGAAAGUUUUUUUUGACUGAUUUAAGGAGUUAUUUAAAUAUUUAUUGAAUAUCUUUUUAUGGCCGGACCUCCCUUUUCUAUGUGAUUUUUGUGACUGAUUUCUAUUGUAAAAUGUUGUCUCGAUCUGAAUAAAUUAUUAGCAUGCAGCAAAUGAAUAGACUACAUCAUUUAAUAUUUGUAUAUAAACCUCCAAAGUAGACCUUAUGUCCUUUUUUCCAUUUAAAUCCAUGGGAUGUAGUAUCUUUAAUUGGAAUGGCUCCAAACCGUGAUGUUCUAUACAGACUUGAAUCAUGUUCCAUAUAUGUGCCUUUGCUCAGGACUAGUUCUUUAUUGCAGUAAAAGUCUGAACCGGGCAGUUAUUUAUAACUUUGGAUUCCUUUCAGAAACCUGGUCCAAGUAUGUAUUUUUGUUUCAUGCGAGGAUGGAACUUGUUCCUAUUCAGACCAACGUUUUUGCAAUCAGACUUUAUAACCAUGCGUUCAGCUCGUGUUUAAAAUAAAGUGACCAUGACUGGUUUAACUGUCAUUUCCAUUUGAAUGUCUAUGUUGAAUAUUGUCUGAAUGGCGUCCCGUUCAAAGAUAAACGUUGACCUGAUUUUGAAGUCGUGUGGUUUUGGGUUUUUUUUGGUUUGUUUGGGGGGGUUUUGAGCAAAAUAAUGGUAGUACUAGAAGACUUGUGCAAGACAGUUAGGAGUUUGUCAAAUCCUGUUCUACAUUCUGUAGACUAAUACUUGGCCACAUGAAUCCCGGGAGCUAGCAAUCCAUCCCUUAUGCAAAAUGAAAUAAAUAAAAAUAACUAAUUUAUGAAUAGUGUAUGAAAUUGUGUGCUUUUGUUCUCCAUUUUCGUAUUAAAGUAGGACUUGUCUCCUCUAGAAAACCCCAAACAAUCUGGGAAAACAACUUGGCUUGCGGUCAAUUUACCUGGUUAUGCCUUUUCAUGAGUCCCAGUUCAGCCAAGAUGCCCAUUACUGAUACUGCUAAACAGUGUUUGGUUGGUUGGUUAUUUUUGUUUUUUGUUUUUGUUGUAUCUGGGUGGUUGGUGUCUUUCAGAUUACAGAUCGAUUAUCCAUAAAACAUAUAACAGACAUUGGGGUGAAGAAUGUAUCUGGGUUUGUCAAUCUGAUCGAAGAUCUGGGUCAGCUAGGACAUCUGUAGAUGUUGUCGUUAUCACUGAUGUUGAGACUACUUUGGGAGGCCUAUCUCUAUAAACCUUUUAUUCUUCUGAAAUAAUAUUCAUAGUCCUAACCAUGCCAGUGAAGAAAGCAAUUGUUUUUUAACAAAUUACAGCAUUUUCUAUCUGUUCUGUUUACAUGAAUCCCUGGCAGGACUGCUACAGUUGUGCAAAGUCAUUCUUUGUUUUGUAAUUUCUGAAUUGAGCCAUGCUAGAUUUUCAUAUACUGGUUACUUGUAAACUUAAAAACUCAACAUCCAAAGAACAUUUUAAUACUUCGGCUUGAGUUGUCCAUAAAACUUUGUGUAUGUGUGUUUAAAUGCCACUGAGUGGAGCUAUUUUCGUAUCUACUACAGCCUUGAUUUAAUUCUUUGGAUAAUCCUUUUCAGAUCACGAUUCAAUCUUCAAUCUGUCAGAAGAACUUUCAAAUGAUUUUUCUACAGAUGUCCGCAUUAACGCCUGUGGAAAGUUUUUGUAGAUAAAUCAUAAAAAAAUAAAAAAAAAUUCUAACAGUUUGUGAUAAUUUGAAAAGUUUAACCAAAAAUAUUAAUUGAAAGCCCAUAAUUCUAAGGAUGUGUCCUUCGUAUUAUAAGAAGUUGGUCCAUGUUGAAACCUCCCCAGAAGGACCCCUGGUAUAAACUAUUUGCUUUCUGUUCUUGUGUAAGGCUUGUCCUUUUCUCUCAAUGUAUCUCAUUCUCUCCAUACUUUGUAGCUGUGGGAUAGGUACCAAUCAAGCCAAAGUGAAAUAAUACGAGUCCUUUCUGGGAUUAAUUGCACUGAAUGUUUUUGCCAAAUGUAUUUUUUUGGGGAGGUUGGGGGAAAUAAAAAUUUACAUUUUUGUGUAAUGGUGUGAAAUUCUCCUUUUAUAUUUUGCCAUUCCUUCAUUUUGUAAAUGUAAAACAAAUGCAAUAAAUGGAAAAUUAUGCAAA